GGGUUUUUGCCUGAAUCUCAGAGGUUUGGGUUUUUCUGGGCUGAAUCUUGGUGUUUUGGAGCUUUUUAUGGACACAGGAUGCCCAAUGAGCUCUAGAGAUGGACUUGGGCAGGAGGAACCCCCGAGGCAACACAGUCAGCCCUUGUUUUCCCCCCCAUCAGGAUUUGUCCUUCCCAAAGCUUGGGUGGAUGGAGGAGGAGGCUGCGAGGAAGAGGAAGAUGCCUUGGGCCCCCCAGGCAGGCCCCGAGCUGAGGAGGGAGAGCCCGGAGGACAAAUCCCCCCGUGAGACCCUGGUGGGAGAGGCCGUUUUGAAGGGCUCCAUGGUGCAGGAAGGCAGCGGGGAGGAAAAGGGCCGGAGAUCCCCCCGCAGGAGGGGCUCCAAAGCCAUCCCAGGGUGCUCUGAGGAAGAAGGACCCAGCCUGUGCCGGGAAGGCAGCUGGAGCUUGAGGGGGAGUUCUGAGCUGGUGGUCCAUGAGCAGGCUCCCAGCAGGGAGAAGCCCUUCAAGUGCUUGGAAUGUGGGAAGAGCUUCAGCGGGAGCUCCCACCUGAUCCGACACCUGCACAUCCACACUGGGGAACGGCCCUACCCAUGUGGGGAAUGUGGGAAGAGCUUCAGGCAGAGUUCCCACCUCCUCACCCACCAGCACAUCCACACUGGGGAACGGCCCUACACCUGUUGGGAAUGCGGGAAGAGCUUCAACCAGAGCUCCACCCUUCGCACCCACCAACGCAUCCACACUGGGGAAUGGCCCUACAAGUGCUUGGAAUGUGGGAAGAGGUUUCAGACCAGCUCACAUCUCCUCCUGCAUGAGCGGACGCACACGGAUGAGAGGCCCUUCCGCUGCACCGACUGCGGGAAGGGCUUCAACCGGAACUCCAACCUCGUCACUCACCGGCGCAUCCACACAGGGGAGAGACCCUACAAGUGUGGGGAGUGUGGGAAGAGCUUCACCCAGAGCUCUACCUUGACCAGACACCAGCGGACUCACCAAUAAGAGAAGCCCUACCAGUGCCCUGACUGCGGGAAGAGCUUCAGCCAUUGCUUCCACCCCGAAUGAAGCCCCUGAUUGUGAGGCAACCCCUGGCGUCCAGUGACUGUCAGUCCAUCACUUUUGACCACAAAGGGCCAGUCCCCUUUCACAGGGGCAGGUUCUUUCAACAGAAUCCUUCCUGGAGGAUGUUUGGAGAUUCCUGCCUUGGCUGGGGACCCCCCAAGGUCACUGCUGGAGGCUGAGAGCAGAGAUCUCCCCACGAGUGUUGGUCUGGGGGAGUUCCAUCCAUCCCUAAUUAAGAAUUACUGCUUUUGUGCCAGGUUGAGUAGAAUUGCUUCAACAAUUGCUUUAGUGUAGAGCCCUGUCCUAUCUUAUCCUGUACUCCUGGUAGUUUUAGUGUUUGUAUUGUGCAGUAAAUAAUUCUGAUGAA